AUGACAGUCGUGCAUAUUAUUGAUGUGGAAUCUGGUAAUUUGCAAUCCUUGCAGAAUGCUAUCAAUCAUUUAGGUUACGAGACAAGAUUAAUCAAGUCUGCUUCAGAUCCAGAGUUACAAACUGCUGAAAGAAUCAUCCUGCCAGGUGUCGGUAAUUUUGGCCAUUUUGUCGAUAACUUAACUUCUCGUGGGUUUGAGCAACCUAUCAAAGAUUAUAUUGCAUCCGGAAGGCCGUUGAUGGGUAUUUGUGUUGGCUUGCAAGCGCUUUUCGAUGGAUCUUCUGAAUCUCCUUCAAGCAGAGGGUUAGGUUUAAUCCCAGGUACUUUGUCCAAAUUUGAUAUCAGUGAAGGUAAAAGUGUUCCCGAAAUUGGAUGGAAUACCAUUAUUCCACAGGACGAUCUUUCAUUUGGUUUAGAUCCUUAUAAAAGGUACUACUUCGUUCAUUCUUUUGCUAUGAUCGUCGAUGAUGUACAACUUGAUGACUUGCAUAGUAAGGGAUGGAAAGUUGCUUUGACAAGAUACGGUAACGAAAGAUUUGUUGCCGCCAUUCACAAGGAUAAUGUGUUUUCUACACAAUUCCAUCCGGAGAAAUCUGGUAAGGCCGGUCUAGAAAUUAUAGAUAACUUUUUGAAAGGUAUUCACCCAGUUACAGAGUACACAGAUGAACAAAAAUCUCUUUUAGGGAAUGACUAUACAAACUUUGGUUUGACAAGAAGAAUAAUUGCUUGUCUCGAUGUCCGUACGAAUGAUCAAGGUGAUCUAGUGGUAACCAAAGGGGACCAAUACGAUGUCCGUGAAAAAACAGAAGGAGGCAACGUUAGAAACUUGGGAAAACCUGUAGAGCUCGCACAACGUUACUAUGAACAAGGUGCUGAUGAAGUUACUUUCUUAAAUAUCACCAGUUUCAGAAACUGUCCAUUAAAGGAUACUCCAAUGUUGGAUGUGCUAAGACUUGCUGCCAAGACUGUGUUUGUACCACUGACAGUCGGAGGUGGUAUCAAAGAUGUCGUGGAUGUUGACGGCACAAAAGUACCGGCUUUAGAUGUGGCCGGCAUGUAUUUCAGAUCUGGUGCUGAUAAGGUUUCUAUUGGUACAGAUGCAGUGUUUGCUGCAGAAAAGUACUAUGCUAACGGAGAAAAGGGUGAUGGAAAAUCUCCAAUUGAAACGAUUUCUAAAGCUUAUGGUGCACAAGCGGUGGUUAUUUCUGUGGACCCUAAAAGAGUUUAUGUUAACAAUAGGAACGAAACCCCUAAUAAAUGUUUCCAAACUUUAUCGCCUAAUCCUGAGGGGCAAAAUUGGUGCUGGUAUCAAUGUACAAUCAAGGGUGGUAGAGAAUCCAGAGACCUAGGAGCCUGGGAAUUGGCUCAUGCAUGUGAAGCCCUUGGUGCUGGUGAGAUUCUCCUAAACUGUAUUGAUAAAGACGGCUCAAACUCAGGAUACGAUUUGGAAUUAAUCGAUCAUAUUAAAAGUGCCGUUUCAAUUCCUGUUAUUGCCUCAUCAGGUGCAGGGAAUCCAGGUCACUUUGAACAAGGAUUUACAAAGACAAAGGCUGAUGCUUGUUUAGGUGCAGGUAUGUUCCAUAGAGGAGAAUACACUGUUAACCAGGUCAAGGAUUACCUGAUCUCUAAAGGUUUAAAAGUCAGAAUUGAUAACGAGUAA